UUUAUUGAAAAUAAUGCAGCAGCUUGACAACUCUUCUUAUAAGCACUUAUUUAAGACAGAUACAGAGUUUAAAAAGUUCUUAGAAGAUGAAAAUACUGACAACAGAACUUUUACAAGAAGACAAAAACAUGUUUGAUGGCACAAAUCAAGAACUAUUAUAGGAAGAGACCCAAACAGGUGGAAAUUCGACCCAGUAGGAAACCCAGUUCUUCGUAACCUAAGAGGUUGUUUCGGUGCUUUAUGCCAUGAAUACGAUCAUAUAGUCCCCUACUCAAAGGAAGGAAAGACAGUUGUCUCAAACUGCCAGAUCCUUCAGACAGGAGUCAACAGGUUCAAAAGUAACAAAACUUAUUCAGAUAGAAAUCUCCAGUUAAGCAGCAAGGUAAUCGGUAUGACGGACUCCGAAAUGGACCUUAUGGAGUAUGCUGUCUUUGGCAAUGUUACUGAGGAGAAGGAUUUCAAGCCCAAUAAGAUUUAG